GUCAUCAGUUCAAUUUCUGUUGGCAUUCGUUGAACAUACAUUUCAAUCCACGUUCAAAAUGUUUAAGGUACUUGCUCUCAUUGCCUGCUUGGCUGUGGUCGCCUCGGCCCAGUACUACGGAUCCGCAUACGAGCACAAGGAACAUCACGAUCACCCGAAGUACAAGUUCGAGUAUGGCGUAAAGGAUCCCCACACCGGUGACCAUAAGACCCAGUGGGAAGUGCGCGAUGGCGAUGUCGUCAAGGGACAGUACACGCUGCACGAGGCCGACGGUACCGAGCGCGUGGUUGACUACAAGUCGGACGGUCACAAUGGUUUCGAAGCCAACGUGAAGAACGUUGGUCAUGCUCAUCACCCGCAAGUGUACGGAGGACAUUCUUCCCACGGACACCACGACUACGCCCAUGGAUCGGGAUCCAGCUACACGAAUCUGGACAAACAUUACUAAAUCAAAAAUUCCUGAUGCCGAAAAACAUGCAGAAUGAACGAAUGAA